AUGCCGCCCACAAAAACUAAGAAGAAUGAAGUGAAUGGAGAUGCUCGAGAAGAAAAACCCGUUGAUAGCCCGUCCGAUUCAGAGGCUGACGAACAAAUCAUUAUUGAGGGACCCGAUGCAAACUAUGUAAGCCUUCAAAGCAACGAUGGACACUCGUUCUUCAUCAAAAAAGAUAUGGCACUAGUCUCCUCGACAAUUAGGGCUAUGCUAUCAGGCCCUGGAACAUUUAAAGAGCGUGAGGAAAACACCAUUGUCUUUCGGGAAGUUCCAUCACAUGUAAUGCAAGAGGUUUGCCGCUAUUUUGAUUACAAGCACGCCUACAAUCAGUCGGUAUCGGAGAUCCCGGAAUUUCAAAUCAAGCCAGAACUGGCCCUUGAACUUCUAAUGGUCGCCAAUUUCCUCGAUUGU